AUGUCCUCGUGGCGCUCAAAAGUACCUACAGUAACCCAAGUUCAACAUUUUCUCAAAGGGAUUGUACAUGAACAAGACGUCGAUUACUCGAGAUUUGAAACGAGACUAGACGGUUCGGAUGUGAUUACUUUCCGAGAAAAUGACAAAGCAUUUCGGCUUUUCGGAACAAAUGUUCAUGUCGGUUCAUAUAUCGCAUGUGCUAUCGGAUUCGCUGUAACCAUUGCAUUUUGUGUCUCAUAUUCUCUAUUUCACUCUCGUGGACAAGGCAGGAACCCUUUUAUCGAUCAUUUAGAGAUUAUCGACCUUAUUUUCGCUUUCCUCGUUGGUCUUCCCUGUCAUGUUUUGUUAUUUUAUGGGCUCCAAAAGAGUAAGAAAAUCUUUUUCAGCCCAUUCCUUGUGUUCUACAUGACUAAUUUCAUUUUGAACUGCAUUUUCACUGUUUUGACAAUGGGAGCAUUUGCAAUGGACGUUCACAGAAGAGUUUUUGGAAACAUUCGUUUCGAUUUGGGAUGGACUGUUUUCCAGAUCUGCUUCACAGCUGCGCAAGGACUUGCCAUCUAUGUGGUUAUGCGUGGCCGUAAAUAUGUUGCAGCGAAGAGUUUUUGGAUGAAUAAGUAUAAUCAGAGAACGGGUCCUGAUGAUAUCAUAGAUGCUUAA